UUGUAAUUAUUCAUUACAGGAUUUAAUCGGACCUAAGAAAGCGAUAUAACCAUAGCGAAAUCGGCUGACUAACUUUAAUCGAUACUCGAGAAUAUCCCUCGUGUUUGUAUUACAAAAGGAUUCCAAUAACAAAACCACAACAAAACCAGCGAUAAAAGAUCUUAACGGAAAGCACUCGUACCAAAUGGAACGAUAAAGGAGAAUGAAAACAUGUCGUUGCAAUAGAUUAUAAACGAUUUUGUACAGAUUAGAACAUAUACUUUUAACAUUGUUGCUGUUUUCGUGUAAAGCUAAGUCCGAUGUACCAAAACCAUUUCUCACACUAUAUAAACUUUAAUUGGCCGAGUAGAGUGUCGUCAUAAUAGCGUCGUGUUGCUUUAAAAAAAUAUCGGCAAGGAAACUAAAUGUUGAUGUGUUAGCUAAUCCGCGUCCAUUGUUCUCUCCACAACAGCAGCGUAGCAUCCCAAAGAAGCACCGAAGCGUAGCGAAGCUACAAGAUGUAAGAUGACACUAUUCAGUACUUGAAACCGUUAGAUUAGAAUAGUAAGACGAGUUCUAUGUAUCACAGUGCGUUGGUAGCAGAUUUGUGUUCUGCGCAAUUCAGAUGUAAAUAUUUACUUGCAGUUGAAAGAAAUCGGUUUAGUUACGCAGCAAGAAAGUAAUUUAAAGUAAUUGAAAUGACUGCGUUAGUUCGAACUACGAGAAGCAAACUAUUCAUGAUUACGUUGUGGUUUUCAACCGUGCUGUAUGUUUACUAUUUGUACAACGUUGAGCUGGAAUCAACAGCCGUUGCAGCAAGAUUGAAAAGUGAAAACAAGACCAAGAUUUUAAUAUAUUCUGAGAUAUUACCGUAUAUUGUGCGAAAACAGUUAAAGGCAGGAUUCAACAGUAAACAGUGUUCCAACUGUAUCUUGGUCGAGGGAAAAGUGACGUACGAUACUCGUGUAUUUGACGCAAUCGUCUUUAUGUUUAACCGAGUAAAUCUUAAUGACCCGAUCUUUCAAAGACGCAGAGGAGAUCAAAUUUACGUUUGGUAUUCCCCUGAAUCGACAUCAAGCGUUCGGAAUUUUCAUCAAACUUCUAUGAAUAAUUACGAAGACGUAUUCAAUCUAACGAUGACGUAUCGAAGAGACUCUGACGUAAUUAAUCCGUACGGGACUCUUCCGUCGAUUAAAAGUUCAUUGCUCGAACAACAUGAUUCGUUAUCAAGUGAUGCCUUGGAUAAAGUUGUCACUAAUAAGAAUGGAAUAAUUUGGGUUGCGAGUAAUUGUGGGGUGACAUCGGGUGCUAAGAUGAGAAUGAAGAUCGUUGAAGAUUUGAAAAGAAGUCAAGUUGGUUGGAUGUUGGAUGUAUAUGGAUUAUGUGGAGACGGGAAGACAUUCACUCAAGAUCGUUCAGGAUUUAAUAACAUGAACGAAUUAAUCAAAUCAUAUAAGUUUUACUUGGCGUUUGAAAAUUCCUAUCAUUGUCGUGAUUAUAUCACGGAGAAGUUCUGGGAGAACUCGCUUCUUAAUGCUGUGGUUCCUGUUGUGUGGGGACCAACACGGGAAGAUGUGAUGACCGUUGCUCCGCCGCAUUCGUUCAUUCACGUUGAAGAUUUUAAGAACAUUUCAGACUUGGCGGAUUAUUUGUUAUAUUUAGACAGGAACGAUACGGCGUAUCGAGAAUAUUUUAAUUGGUGGUUUGAACCUACAGAAGACAUAGAAGAACCAGUCGCACUUUGUAAACUCUGCUUAAUGUAUGAAAGCAGAAAGCGCCGACCAAGUUCUAUCAAGAAUCUGAAACACUUGUUUUAUGAUCGUGAAAACGAAGAAUGUUUAACGAACGGGAACAAUACUUAAGUUAGCAACAUAAUUUGAAUAUGAUAUUUGUUUUGCGUUCGUUUUAAUUUAAAUGAUUACUUCUUCUAACGUUG